UGUAACUGUGUAUGGUCCAUGAUAAUUAAGUCCUACCUCCUUAUCAACUUGUCUACUGUGUGGAGACUUACCAAACCACAGUUAAUUUCCUUGUUCGGGCGGAGAAGCUGGUCUGACUGGAUCUGACACUCUUACCCGCACUUUGACGCACGUCGCACAGAACUUCGACUCCUCUGUUUCUGAGAUAAAAUGACGUCUCAAGGAUUGAAGGUGUUGCUCUCGCUGGAUGCUGAGGCAGUUGCCUCACUGAAAGAUGGACUCAAUUUUAAGAAAAAUCCAGAUGAUUGUAAAUGUUACAUCAUAUACAAAAACAGUGGUGGCUUUAAAGCGUGUAAGAACCAAUGCAAACAUCAAGGAGGGUUAUUUAUUAAAGAUAUUGAAGACUUGGAUGGCAGGACUGUUAAAUGCACCAAACAUAACUGGAAGUUAAAUGUUUUAACAAUGAAAUACGUGAAUCCACCAGACAGCUUCAUGCAAGAUGAGCUCGAGGUGGAGAUGUUGGAUGAUGGGGGGCUUCAGCUCGUUGAGUUGUGCCCUGAUGACCCCUGGGUGGUUGACCCUCUAGAGCCUCUGGAUCUGCAGGAAGGAGAAGUGAAAGUGACAUACUUCACCCACGCCUGUGUUGAACUGAAGCUUGGGGAGAAGCGGUUCAUAUUUGACCCCUGGUUGAAGGGCCCUGCGUUCGCCAGAGGCUGGUGGCUUUUACAUGAGCCUCCAGCAGAUUGCAUGGACAGGCUGUGUGCAGCAGAUCUCAUCUACAUCAGCCAUAUGCACUCAGACCACCUCAGCUACCCAACGCUCAAAGUCCUGUCAGAGCGAAGGCCUGAUAUGCCCAUUUACGUUGGUGACACUUCAAGACCAGUCUUUUGGUAUUUGGAGCAAAGCCAAGUCAAGCUGACUAACAUCAAAGUUAUUCCUUUUGGCAUCUGGCAAAAUGUUGAUGAACACCUGAGAUUCAUGAUCCUGAUGGAUGGGGUACAUCCUGAAAUGGACACAUGCAUCAUUGUUCAAUACAAAGGUCACAUGAUCCUGAAUACUGUGGACUGCACCAGGCCAAAUGGGGGCAGGCUUCCACAAAAUGUGGACUUGAUGAUGAGUGAUUUUGCUGGGGGGGCAUCUGGGUUCCCAAUGACCUUCUACGGGGGAAAGUACACUGAUUCCUGGAAAGCUGAGUUUAUCAAAAAUGAAAGGAGAAAGUUGCUGAAUUAUAAAGCAGACCUGGUGAAGUCCCUGCAGCCGAAGAUCUACUGUCCAUUUGCUGGAUACUUUGUGGAGGCUCAUCCUUCAGACAGAUACAUCAAGGAGACAAAUACCAAAAAUAGUGCAGCGGACCUCAAUGCACUAAUCAAUAAGAAAACACCAGGCAUCAGGACAUGGACGCCAAAGCCAGGUGCUGUUCUGGACCUCAGCCUCGCUCUCAGAGACUCCACUAACAGUGAAGCUGUCACCAAUCCCCCAGCUAAUGCAAAAAUCUACAAGGACAGUUGGGAUUUCAACUUGUAUGUGGAUGAAUUGAACAGCGCCAUCAGCUCUGAGAUAUUUAAACACCAAAGCUGGAUCCAGUUUUAUUACACCUGGGCAGGCUUUCAAAACUACAACCUUCUUGUGCGGGUCAUUGAGACAGAUGAUGACUUCACCCCGUUGACUGGCGGCUAUGACUACUUGGUGGACUUCUUGGAUCUGUCGUUUCCCACCAAAAGGCCUGACAGGAAGCACUCAUAUUUGGAGCUUAAAAACAGGGUUGGUGUCAUGAGAUACUUAGUUCUGCACGGCCGCCUCUGGGAUGACCUGUACAUCGGUUUUCAGAACCGCAUCAGCCGAGACCCAGACGAUUACCAUCACAAGUUUUGGAACCACUUCCAGUCAUAUCUUCCUCUUCAAAGGCCAGACUGGAAUAAAUUCUUGCAGGAGGUGCACGACAUAUCUCAAGACUCACCUAAAAUAUGGAGCUAUUGCACACUUGUAUGAACUGGCAACACCUAUGUGGUUUUCAACAUGCUCUCAUAUACCAUAAUGUAUGGUCUUAUAAUUCCUAGUUCAUUGGAGAUCAUUAGAGGUUUGUAUAACACUAUUAUUUGAUUCUCACCAUAGAAAUGUAGGACUUGUGUGAGACUUGAAAAUCUCGAAACUUGCUUGUUAUUUACUUCUACCUCUGCCAUACAAACAGUAUCUGUACAUGAUACAAAUGAGAAAAAAAAACAUUAAAGUAACACAUUAUUGUUACUCAUUUAUUUUUCACCUAUU